AUGACCAAGAUCUUCCUUACCGGCGCUACAGGCUACAUUGGCGGUGAUGUCCUUCACACGCUGUUGAAGUCGCACCCCGAAUACAAAGUUCGAGCCCUGGUUCGUGAUGCUUCCAAGGGAGCGGCCAUAACCAAGAGCUAUAGCCAAGUGCAGCUCGUUACUGGCGGACUUGACGACGCCGAUGUUAUUGCACAGGAAGCCCAGGAUGCUGACGUCGUGCUCCAUCUCGCUGCCACCGGCCACUUGAAGAGUGUCCAGACUAUCUACGAAACCCUCUCGAAAAGGCCUGAUAGCGCGAGGCUCCCAUACUACAUCCAAAUCUCAGGCGCCAGCGCAUUGGCGGCUGGCGAGCUCGCUGACAAGUCGCGAGUCUUUGGCACAGGCAGUGAUUUCAUCUACAACGAUCUCACUGGUAUCGACUCAAUCAAGUCGCUCAUUAAGCAAUACCCGAGCCGCGCAGUAGACAACUACAUCUUCUCCGUUUCGGAGCAAAACUCGAAUGUGAAGACAGCGCUUGUUGUUCCUCCCAUUAUUUACGGCCAAGGUCGUGGUCCCGGCAAUCAGCGCAGCAUGCAAAUUCCCGGGCUCGCCAAAGCGACAUUGGAGCGCAAGAAGGGUCUGCAGGUUGGCUCUGGUGAAAGUCGAUGGGGGAACAUUCACAUCGCCGAUUUGAGCCGCAUCUUUCUCAGCUUGGUCGAGAAGGCGGUUGAGGGCAAUCAAGAUGAAAACAUCUGGGGGGCUAAUGGCCUCUUUUUCACUGGUGCUGGAGAAUUGUCAUUCGCCGAGAUCUCACGUCGCAUCGCAGUCGCUGCAAAUGACUUCAAUCUCAUUCCAACCACAGAAGUCGACAAUCUCGCCGCAAAGGAAAUAGACGGCAUCAUUCCCCACGGGUCUGUCCUGUUGGGAACAAAUGCGCGCGCCGGAGCUGAUCGGGCUCGAAAGGUCCUCGGCUGGGAACCAGAGCAUGAAAGCUUGGAAGAGCACAUCCCAACCACAGUAAUUCAGGAGGCCGAGGCACUUGGUAUUAAGGAUCAGGCAACGGAACCAGGUGAGAGCUCUCAGGCUCCCAAGGGUUCGCGCAAGCGUCACAUUCCUCGGGGCCCAAAGGGAGAGGCCAUGAUGCCCCAAAUCAUGCCUCGUGAGUGUGCAGAGUCCAAAGCCAUAGAAGCGAUUCCCAUGCCUACACGGUGGAUCGCUGGCAUUGAAGCUACUCCUGGUCGCGAGAUGACUCUGGGUAGUCGCAAGUGGUGGGACGAUCACGGUCCUUGGCUCGAUGCUCAUAAGAAAGCUCUUAAGCUCUCUGCUUCAAGGUGGAAGAUGAGAGAUGAGGCUAUGAAGCAAGAUGAUACUGUUCCUGAUGACGAAGGCACCGAUGAUUGGGAUUUCAUUUGCGUGCCCAUUCCUCGGAUUGAACGUGGCAGUGAUGACGACGACGAUGACGAGGAUGAGGAUGAGGAUGAGGAUGAGGACGAGGAAGAUGAUGACGAGGAAGAAGGACAAGAUAAGACUGGAAACAAUGCUGAGGAGGAUAAGGGUAAGAAGCCUUAUGACAAGCUUGCAUCACUUCACCCAGAGUGGCCUUGGUUCUUCACCAUGCGCGCUGUUGAUCGUCACAUGUGGUGGGAGCAGGAAUGUCUCAAGCGCAGCCCAGAUGACUUUGACUUGCACAUCUACAACGACUUUGGUCCCUACGGAGCACUUGAGGUAUUGGAGAAUAUUAUUGCCCAGUUCAACCUUGUCUUCAAGCCAAAGUCCACCUAUCGCGAUUUCUGGCCUGAAGUCGAAGGACUUGCCAUGAUUCUUCGCGGCGGCCUGCUCGAAUACGCCAUGAUUGACGACGGGGCAAGAGCUCAAGUUACUUGCGAGGUUGUAGGCGCCCUCAUCCUCGCUACCAUCGAGGCCUUGAAGAAGCAAGACGUCUUCACGCCCGACUCAGAGAUCCGCAACCUUGGCCUCGUUCUUUUCAUGUUUAUCCGAUGGGGCCGCGAGCAGUCAGAUUAUGGUAUCGACGAAGAGAACUGGUCUUGGAUCUACAAGAUCAUUGACCUUGCCGAGGAAGCCGGUAUCAGACUUACCGCACCGCAUAACUUUGAGAAGGAUUAUGAGGAUAUCAAAGAUCACCGAGAUGAAUGGGCUCAGCAAAUGGGCAAGUGGAACAACGUGAAAUGGAAUUAUAAACUCAGAGACUUCAAGGACGAUAAGGGGUCUACCAAGCUCGGAGGGCACCAGUUUGAUAUUACCAGAAUGAGCAAGGCUGAGAGAGAUCAACAUUCAAUCAGUGGCGGAGGCGAAUACUUUUUCAUGUGA